AUGUCCUCUCUGAACCGUAGGGCAGGAGAUAACGACCCCGGCUCUCGUGCAAGAAGGCACCCCACAAUAGACCUGGCCGUCGAUCCUAGUGAAAGCAUCCACAGCAGCCUAUCCACCUUUACUGCGGAAACACUCCCCCGCUAUGCUGGUCUGGAUGGAGGACUUGUAUCACAAAGAAUCGUGGUGGUGAUGCCUCAUAACUACAGUCUGUGUGCCAGGAAGAUUUAUCCGUUGUUUCCGAUCGAGCCUGAUGAUUCGGACAUUAGUUUGGAUGGGCUGGAUGUCCCAAAACCAAUCGCGGUGGGCACUGUGGGCGAGCGGGAGUCCGUGGUUGUGCCAUGUGUGCAGACUAUGAAUGAGCUGGCGGAGAUACUUUGCUGUCGUCGUCGUCAAAAUGUAGGCUAUCUUGAGAAUGCAGAUGUCCUCUAG